AGACUUGGUAACUUCUUCAAAAAGUUUUAUAAAAGGAAAAUAAAGAAGUAUUUUAUUAUGAAGCUGGGUCAGUUAGCUGAACAGCUGUCGCCUAACUAUCUGGAUAAAUAUAGAGAAGCGUUAAGAAUUGAGAAAAGAGAUGGUUUGGAAUCAACGAGGCAAGAAAGGCGUCCAUUGUGGAAGGACAGUUCGAAGGAAUCCUGCAGGAAAUUCUAGCUUUGGGCUAAAUAAGCAAGGCGUGAUCGUCAAAUACCAGAAAAAUGCCGCACGAUUCUCUGACAGACAGAAAGAAUCAAUUCUCGAGGAUCGAUAUGGCUUGAUAGAUGGGCUCCCUUUCGGUCCUACACCACGUCCAAACCAGUUUGGAAAUUAUGUCGAGUUUUCUCUUGGGAAGAGAAAACGCUGGCUUUUACCAGAGCUUGUGCAAAAACGAGGGGGCUGGGAUUCUGAGAAUGUUUUCGAAGAUGAAGGCGAAGAACAAGAAUUAAAUGUUUGUUUUGUGGAGAGACACAUUCAUACAGAAUUUCCAAGAACAAGAGCAGAUUGUUUGUCGUGUUACAGUGAUAAAGAUGGCAAACUUCUGACACCAAAGAAACAUAAAUACUCUUAUCUGACUGAUAUUAGACGCCUGGGAGAGAAUGAGAAGCCAUCGGAAGUUUGUUAUGAGAUCUGCCGCCCACCACCUUCAACUUCAUGGCCGAAUAUGUCGGAAGACCAAUUUUUAUAUGAGACUUAUGACAUGAUGGGAAAAAGCGAGAGCAAAGGCCAGAAGAGCAAAGGUUUGCUCUUGGGAUUCUAUGGAGUGAAAGAUUUGUCCAUUAACAAAGCCAAAGAUUUCCUUAGUGACAUGCCAAAACAGAGACGUGCAAAGGCUAUGGAAAGCAAAGUUAGGACUGUGCCUAGAAAGCAUUUUCCAAAUACUGUAAGAGGAAUGAAUUCUGAAAAAGUUGACAGAUCGACUUCAUUUCCCAUGGGACAGUAUAUCGAAGGACUUUUGAAGGGAAGUAAAAGUGCAAAAGAAGUGGGAAGUGAAAUUUUCCCUUGCAUUCUGUCAUCUACUGUCAGGAAGUAUGGCAAAGGAUGUGCCAUGUAUAUUGAUUCUGAGCCGUCCACAAACCCAGCAGAAAAAUCUGUCAAAACAGUUGCGUACCAGGAUCCCACUACAUUACCAGAAGAACCCAAACUUGCAAUCACUGUCAAUGUUGCCAUGCAGGACCUAGAAGUAUCAAAACUAAGGAGUGAUUGGGCCGAUGUCUACUCCGAGGGAGGAAUAUCGCCAAGAAAGUUCACCCUUGACAUCACCAGUCUUUUGCCAAGAAAAUACCUUAAUUUCAGCAGCAUUAUACUCUUUGAAGUGGAUGAAAAAGUUCCAAGAGAUGGAGCAUCUGCCCCAACAACUGUUAGCUUGGUACCUAUAGCACUUGGAUCUGAAAAGCCUGUCUUUGCAGGGGUAGUACAGGAUUUUGUUUCAAACAUUGUUCAAGCAAACAUGUCAGCACCUACAAGGAUCAAAGAAAUUGUGAACACUGCAGUAGAAGUAAUGACUGCUGCUUCUAGUGAUGCCAAAGAAUCUUUGAAACAAUCUUGUAGUCGUAAGACUACAGUAAGACGUCUUGGCUUUUUGAAUAAAGUCUGUGGAUGGGAAUCUGAAGCAUUCACUUUGGAUACUGCUAAACAAAAGCUUAAAGAUGAAUUUCAAAAAGUAUCUCUUGAAUGCAAUAGUGAAGAUGAUGUGCUGGAUUCACAGUGGAUGAUGCUGUCCAUGGACUGUGGAAUCUGCUUUGAAACUUUUGAAGGUGAUGACACCAUGUUGACAAGCCUAACAGAAUGUGGGCAUGCCUUCUGUAGUGAUUGCUGGAAAGGUCACCUAAAAACCCAAAUCACCCAAGGAAUUCCUUGCAUCAGAUGUCCAGGCCAAGGCUGCAGCAGUAAAGUAGAUGACACUAUAAUCAUGGCCAUAGUACCUGCAUGGUAUAAUAAGUUCCUCAACAUGAAGUUUAACAAGGAGCUGGAAACAAGUCCAAAUUGGAAGUGGUGUCCAGAAAAUGGUUGCAAGAAGGUCAUCAAGGCAAAAGCACCCAAGCUUGACGCAAUGACAGUCUUGUGUGAUUGCGGAACUGCUUGGUGCUUUAAAUGCCAACAGCCAUCACACUGGCCAGCAACUUGUAAAGAGUCCGAAGUCUUUGAUAAGAAAGGAGAGGACUACAGAGAGAUUGUGUUGCAAGAUACUAAAGAACUGAUUACAUCAGUUAUGGUGAAGAAUUGCCCUCAGUGUGACUACCCUAUUGAAAAGCAUUUUGGCUGUCAGUUCAUGUUGUGCAUACUGUGUCAAACGCACUUUUGCUGGAACUGCAGCACGCCCGCUACGUACGGACACAGCUGCAACAAAGAUGAAACUGACGACCUUACUAAAGUUGAACUUUCUUACAAGAGCAAACAGUACCAGAUUUUAAAGCUAAUGAAUGUUGUAGUUAAAAGCAUUCAAGCAAGAGCUCCUAAGCAGCUUUCUGCCAAGGUCACAAAGGCAAAAGCCUUAGAAACUGGUGUCACCAGCUACAAAACUUUUUCUUCAAAGAUUCCCAAAGAAGCUUUAACAGACUCAAGUGUAUCAAGACAUAUGGAGAAUAUUGUCGAAAAUGGGAUAUCAGAGACUGUGCGAGAAGCGGUAGAUUUAGAGUUCCAAGCUCAUCUUGUGCUGGAAGGCUUUGCUAAGAAAGCUGGUGUUUCUAGAGCUCAAUGCAAGUCUGGCUUGCAGACAAUGUCACAACUAGCUUUUGUUGCUGACAGAAUUGAAUACUUGUGUCAAGAGCCAUUUUUACUCUACAAAGACGGUAGAAUUCAGAGACUUGAAAAGCUUCUAGCAAUAGGUAAAGACUGUAUUCUUACCUUGAAAAAAUGUUGCACAAUCAAGAAAAAAUAAAUAAUUGGCCAUUGGAAUGAUUUCACAUUUUGUUUUUGAAAAUGUAAAGCAUAUAAUUUUUAUUUUGCAUGUUUUAAUUUGUAUAUACUUUAUCUUUUUAUUAUAGAAAUUUGUAGAAUUUUGUACAAAUGUUAAUAUUAAAUUGGCCAUUGGCACCAGGAAUAUUUUUUUUGAAAAUGUAAAAUACUUAUAAACUAUACAAUGCCUAAAAAUUUGUAUGAUAAUAAAUUGUAGUGUAUAUGAAA